AUGCAGAUAGCAACUGAUAUAAUUUGUGGAUUUACUGAUAUGUUCUACAAUUUUAGAUGGUCAACCUUAUCCAGGAGUAUGAGUUUUCCCAAGUUCACAUAUAUCACAAUUCUAUCCUCGGCCGGGAACACCAGCUGCAAGGAUGAAAAUGGUAAAGUGGAGAGGAUGUGGAUUACAGAAAUUGCCACAGACGGAACUCACUUGGUGGCCCACUCAAAGGGAUACAUUCAGGUGCUGGUAGUUGGGCAGGAAAGCAUGUUGGGGACUUCAACCAUAGUGAAGAUAACGUCUGUUGGAAGAUGCUGUGGACAUACUGAGGAGAAGAUUGUUUCGGUUCCCAGGAAUGUCCCAAGGCCAAGUGAAUAUAGUAGCCAAAACCUCAUUGGAUGGUUACUUCGAAAGCGGAAGAACAGUUUUCACAAAAAGAUGGAAAAAGAAACAGAUUUGGAAUAUGAAGAAAAUCCAGGAACUUCUCAUCAUGGGUGCAAUUGGGGUCCUGUUGAUAAAGCUCUUUUUGGUGGAAUUCUUGGGAACUUAUUGACAAUAAUUGCUUUAUUUUUGUACCUAGGCUCUAGAAGCUUGUCUUCUAAAUGA